GCUUUUCAAGGCCUCAAGCAGAAGUCAAGAUUCCGCGAUAAGCAGUGCCCUAACGCGGUGGGAGGCAGGACCUCCAGGGUGGACAGACAGACGGGGCGCCACUGUCGCACAGCGGCGGCCCUGGCCCGCAGGGGCGGGGCUCGGCCGGUGAGCGCUCGCGCGGACUGCGCAUGCGCCUGGGUGCUGGUUGGUCUGCGCGUGCGCGCGUUUACGCCACUUCCCAGCAUUCCGCGUACGGGCGGGGCGUGCGGCGUCAGAUCGUUUGAUCCGGAAACGGCGGCAGCAGCAGAGGCAACAGAAGCAAGGGGCCGCCGUUAGUAGGUACGCCGGGCAUCCGAGCAAAGGGAGUGUGACCCGGAAGCGGAAGCGAGCCUCCGUGCCAGCUCCGCCCCACCCCAUCCAAGACGUCAAAGCCACGCCCCUGUGUCUGAAAAGGAAAGCUGACGUUGGAUCCUGACAUCCGUGUGGGCAAGGGGAUGGAGGAAGCCUUGAGCCAGCAUAGUGGAUGACUCAGGCCUGCCGUUGGGCCCCUGCCACCAUGGACCUGUUGUUUGGGCGCCGGAAGACGCCAGAGGAGCUGCUACGGCAGAACCAAAGGGCCCUAAACCGUGCUAUGCGGGAGCUAGACCGGGAGCGACAGAAGCUGGAGACUCAGGAGAAGAAAAUCAUUGCAGACAUCAAAAAGAUGGCCAAGCAGGGACAGAUGGAUGCUGUGCGCAUCAUGGCAAAAGACCUAGUGCGUACACGGCGCUACGUGCGCAAGUUCGUAUUGAUGCGAGCCAACAUCCAGGCUGUGUCCCUGAAGAUACAGACGUUGAAGUCCAACAAUUCAAUGGCACAAGCUAUGAAAGGGGUCACCAAAGCCAUGGGCACCAUGAACCGACAGCUGAAAUUGCCCCAGAUCCAGAAGAUCAUGAUGGAGUUUGAGCGGCAGGCAGAGAUCAUGGACAUGAAGGAGGAGAUGAUGAACGAUGCCAUAGACGAUGCCAUGGGAGAUGAGGAAGAUGAAGAGGAGAGUGAUGCUGUAGUGUCCCAAGUCCUGGAUGAACUGGGACUGAGCCUAACAGAUGAGCUGUCAAAUCUCCCCUCCACUGGAGGCUCACUUAGUGUGGCUGCUGGUGGGAAGAAAGCAGAGGCCACAGCUUCAGCCCUGGCUGAUGCUGAUGCAGACCUGGAAGAGCGGCUCAAGAACCUACGGAGAGACUGAUCAUCCCCUUGCCACUGGGGAAGGGACAGAAUGGAUGCCCAGGGUCUUUACCAUGGCUACUCUGUAAUAAAUGAGAUUGGAUGCUCAUUACCAA